UGACUGCAGCCUCCCCUUACAGUUGAGCAUCUGUUUGCCUGAAGUUAAUUUCCAGAAGCAGGUGGAGACCCACAAGGGCAGCCUGGCCUCCCAGCCUCUGACCACUGCAUGUCUCGUUCUUGGCUUGUCUGCCUGCAGUCUCUCCUGAUCCUCCUAGAGAUCACAGGAAUCCCCAAAGCUGGGCUGGGGGGAUGAACCGCGAGGGAGCACCCGGGAAGAGUCCGGAGGAGAUGUACAUUCAGCAGAAGGUCCGCGUGCUGCUCAUGCUGAGGAAGAUGGGGUCAAAUCUGACCGCCAGCGAGGAAGAGUUCCUGCGCACCUAUGCGGGGGUAGUCAGCAGCCAGCUCAGCCAGCUGCCACAGCACUCCAUCGACCAGGUUAACAAGCACAAGCCAUGGCUCGAACCCACAUACCACGGAAUAGUUACUGAAAAUGAUUACACGGUGCUUCUCGAUCCUCCCCUCAUCGCCCUGGAUAAGGAUUCACCUCUGCGCUUUGCAGAGAGUUUUGAGGUGACAGUCACCAAAGAAGGUGAGAUUUGUGGCUUUAAAAUUCAUGGGCAGAAUGUCCCCUUUGACGCAGUGGUAGUGGAUAAAUCCACGGGUGAGGGAAUUAUCCGCUCCAAAGAGAAACUGGACUGCGAACUGCAGAAAGAUUACACGUUCACCAUCCAGGCCUACGACUGCGGGAAGGGACCCGACGGCACUGGCGUGAAAAAAUCUCACAAAGCGACCGUCCACAUCCAGGUGAACGACGUGAACGAGUAUGCGCCCGUGUUCAAGGAGAAGUCUUACAAGGCGGCGGUGGUGGAGGGCAAACAGCACAGCAGCAUCCUCAGGGUGGAGGCUGUGGACGCAGACUGCUCCCCCCAGUUCAGCCAGAUCUGCAGCUAUGAAAUCCUCACCCCAGAUGUGCCAUUCACGGUGGACAAAGACGGUUAUAUAAAGAACACAGAGAAGUUAAACUACGGGAAAGAGCAUCAGUAUAAGCUCACGGUCACCGCCUAUGAUUGUGGGAAGAAAAGAGCCACAGAAGAUGUUCUGGUGAAGAUCAGCAUUAAGCCCACCUGCACCCCGGGGUGGCAAGGCUGGAGCAAUCGGAUUGAGUAUGAGCCCGGCACGGGUGCUUUGGCCGUUUUCCCAAACAUCCACUUGGAGACAUGUGAUGAGCCGGUGGCCUCAGUGCAGGCCACAGUGGAGCUGGAGACUAGCCACAUAGGGAAAGGCUGUGACCGAGACACCUACUCCGAGAAGUCCCUUCAUCGGCUCUGUGGGGCUGCUGCUGGCACAGCCGAGCUGCUUCCCUCCCCCAGCAGCUCCCUGAACUGGACUGUUGGCCUCCCCACUGACAACGGCCAUGACAGCGACCAGGUCUUUGAGUUCAACGGCACACAGGCGGUGAGGAUCCCAGAUGGCAUCGUGUCCCUCGACCCCAAAGAGCCCUUCACGAUUUCCGUGUGGAUGCGACACGGUCCGUUUGGCAGGAAGAAGGAGACGAUUCUCUGCAGUUCAGACAAAACAGAUAUGAACCGACACCAUUAUUCGCUCUAUGUCCAUGGGUGCAGACUUAUCUUCCUCCUCCGCCAGGACCCUUCUGAGGAAAAGAAAUACAGACCUGCAGAGUUCCACUGGAAAUUGAACCAGGUCUGUGACGAGGAGUGGCACCACUUCGUCCUCAACAUGGAAUUCCCAAGUGUGACUCUGUAUGUGGACGGUAUUUCUCAUGAGCCCUUCUCUGUGACUGAGGACUACCCACUUCAUCCAACCAAGAUAGAAACUCAGCUUGUGGUGGGCGCUUGCUGGCAAGAGUAUUCAGGAGUUGAAAAUGACAACGAAACCGAGCCUGUGACUGUGGCCUCUGCAGGUUGCUGGACUUCUUCCCCCUCUACAGUUCACUGUGGUGACCUGCACAUGACGCAGUUUUUCCGAGGUAACCUGGCAGGCCUCACCGUCCGCUCUGGGAAACUCGCAGAUAAGAAGGUGAUUGACUGCCUCUACACCUGCAAGGAGGGACUAGACCUGCAGGUCCCUGAAGAUGGCAGAGGCGUGCAGAUCCAAGCAAGCUCCAGUCAGGCGGUGUUGACCUUGGAGGGAGAUGAUGUUGGAGAGUUGGAUAAGGCCAUGCAGCACGUUUCCUACCUCAACUCACGGCAGUUCCCCACACCUGGCAUCCGGAGGCUCAAAAUCACCAGCACGGUCAAGUGUUUUAAUGAGGCCACCUGCAUUGAGGUGCCCCCCGUCGAAGGCUACGUGAUGGUUUUGCAGCCCGAAGAGCCCAAGAUCAGCCUGAGCGGUGUCCACCACUUUGCCCGAGCAGCUUCUGAGUUUGAGAGCUCAGAGGGCGUUUCUCUGUUCCCUGAGCUGAGGAUCAUCAGCACCAUCACUAGAGAAGUGGAACCUGAAGGAGACGGGGCCGAGGACCCCACAGUUCAAGAGUCCCUGGUGUCGGAGGAGAUUGUGCAUGACCUGGACACCUGUGAGGUCACAGUCGAGGGGGAAGAGCUGAACCCGGAGCAGGAGAGCCUGGAGGUGGAUGUGGCCCACCUACAGCAGAAGGGCAUUGAAAUAAGCCACUCUGACCUGGGCGUCGUCUUUACAGGUGUGGACACCAUGGCCAGCUACGAGGAGGUCUUACACCUCCUGCGCUACCGAAACUGGCACACCAGGUCCCUGCUUGACCGGAAGUUCAAGCUCAUUUGCUCGGAGCUAAACGGCCGCUAUCUCAGCAAUGAAUUCAAAGUGGAGGUGAAUGUGAUCCACACAGCCAACCCUGUGGAACAUGCUAACCACAUGGCUGCCCAGCCACAGUUUGUCCACCCUGAACAUCGCUCCUUUGUUGACCUGUCUGGUCAUAACCUGGCCAAUCCUCACCCAUUUGCAGUUGUCCCCAGCACAGCGACUGUUGUGAUUGUGGUCUGCGUCAGCUUCCUGGUUUUCAUGAUCAUCCUGGGGGUCUUUCGGAUCCGAGCUGCACAUCAGAGAACGAUGCGGGACCAGGACGCCGGGAAGGAGAAUGAGAUGGACUGGGAUGACUCCGCCCUGACCAUCACUGUUAACCCCAUGGAGACGUAUGAGGACCAACACAGCAGUGAGGAGGAGGAAGAGGAAGAGGAGGAAGAGGAGAGUGAAGAUGGGGAAGAGGAAGAGGACAUCACCAGUGCUGAGUCGGAGAGCAGCGAGGAGGAGGAGGGGGGUCCGGGAGAUGGCCAGAACGCCACCCGGCAGCAGCAGCUGGAGUGGGACGACUCCACGCUCAGCUACUAACCGCACGCCUGCCCUCUAUCCUCAGGAGACUCUGUCCUAGCCAUUUCCCAGCCCCAUGGGUCCACGAUGUACAAAAUCAUUUUGGCCAGCAGGUCUGCAGACCCCUCCCCCAUCGCUGAGUGUCCACCCGUGCUUGGUGUGUAGGACCGUAGGCUCUCACCCUCCCUGUGCCCGAUCGCGCUUCCAGUUAGGCCAGGAGCUGGCAUUUCCUCUCUGGCCACAGUCGUGGUGCAGGGGCCCCACAACACGGCAAAUCCCAUGUGUGUCGAGUCCCCUGUCAGCCAGGGAGAGGACACCAGCCCCUCAAGCCUCCACAAACGCUGCAAUGACUGGAUUUGUUGACAAAGGGUAAAAAUCACUCCCACCCGGUAAUCAUUUUUCCUUUUAUUUUUUUUAAAAAGUUUUUAUUUUUUCCAAACUAGUGCAUGUAUAAAACAGCAGGAUGGGGGUUAAUAUGUAGAUGACCAAUUGACUUUUUAAUAUUUUGUAAAUAAAUUGGGAUUCUCUGUGUUUUUUUGUGCUAGUGUAGUCCAGGACAGGAAUGGAAGUGAAGUCAGAAAGCAGGUGCAGGAGGGACCCUGGACUCCUGCUUCCUCCUCCUUCCCCUUCCUCUGUCCCUUCUUCCUCCUUUCCAAGAAACCAGGUUGGAGAGGUUCAGGUCACUGCGGGCCCUGCUGGGGUGUGCCUGUACAACUAGGUGGUCACGAGUGCUGCUUGUGGGGGACCAAACCAGGGUUGUCCAUGCCGCCCCCCCCCCCAAUGCUGUUUCUAGUUUGCUGUUGGAAUGCAGGUGGCAGAGGCCUAUGGCCUCAUGCACUCCUGUGACUGGCAACAGCUUAUGCCACAGCCUAGACUGUGCAGCCCUGUAGUUAAUGCUUAACAAACAUACGGUUCCCUGUGAGAAUACAUGUGGAUCACAGGGAACCUCCAGCCCUUGUGCAGUCUGUGUUGCGCCACCCGAAGACAGCAGCAGGCCUGAGGGAUCUACACUAGGGCUUCCCAACGGACACUCUAAGGUCCAAAGACAAAGAGCUAGAAUGACCCAAAUGUUUUCUUGUCUCUCUCCCCAGACCCUCCCCCCCCCCAGGAUACCCCCUUGCUGUCAGGGUGGGGGUAAGAUCCACACCCCAGUAGCCAAGAGCCCUGAUGCCUGUUUUGGCGGUGAGGUGAAAGGAGAGAGCAGUCAUGUCUAAGCCCACACAGUACUUGGCUUUUCAUUCACAUUUUAGACUUCUCCACCUGGGGGAAUCUGUGACUCUCAUUGCUUGUUUCAAGGAUGCUGUGUUGUGUGUGGCCACCUUCCCAUGUCCUGUCCCUGUAGCUGCUCUGUUCAGACAACUGAAAGAUGCUAACGCAGACAGGGACAUUCUCAUGUGUUGUGGCACCGCAGUGACCCCUUUGAGAUGUGUAUAUUGAUGCUAGGUCAGAAAGUGUAUGCACUAUAAUAAAGUUCUGGUUCUAACUCCA